AUGGUGAAAUGUGGUGAUGGGUCUGUCGGGGUAGUGGUCGAGGUUCGCGCGAUUGUGAUGGUGUGUGCGCGACUGUAUUGCUGUGCGUGCGAUUGUGGUACUGUGGGUGUGAUGGUAGUGGUGGUUCUGGUGACGACGGUGGUGGUGGUGUUGGACGUAGUGGUGAGAUGGCAGUUGCAAGAAUUGGCAGUGGUCACAAAUUAUUUGGUGGCCAUCCAACUCAUUUCCCCCAAUGAUUAUCACCUUCACUCCCUAAAAUCAACCGACCUACAGCAAAAAUCGGCACUCCGACGGCAUUCCGGUAGAAAAUUUCGGCAGCAUACACUCCUGAUUCCACUUCCAACGUUGUUACAUUCCGGCGGCACAAUUUUGGCAAUGCUAGAGCAGGUGGAGGUUUCUUCAGGGGACUCUUCUUCCCCAGCAGAUGAUGACGUUGAAGAAUGCAAGCAGCCCAAUGCAGAUUAUUCUGUGGAUCAAACUACCAAGGAAUUAACAUCUGAAGACUGGCUGCUCAGAAGAGCACAAGCGUACCAAGAAUACAUGAACCUGAUCCCAGUACCAACUCUGCGUGGCUCCCUUAUUCCCUUUACCUCGUGGAUAGGACUGGGACAAUCCUUGAAACAGUUAUACGGACAACCUCUGCACUACCUCACCAAUGUUUGCUUAAAACAAUGGGAUCAGUCCAGGAUUGGAGGCAAGGACGAACAAAUUCCAUUGGAUACCAUAAUCCAUCCUUCUAAAGCCGAAGCCAGCAUCUGGCUCAUGGAAGAGAUUCACCGGCUUACUACAUCUCAUCAUCAUCUUGCUGAACUCUGGCUUGCUGAUCCCAUGCAUCAUGCUUUUAUUGAUCCCAUUAUUCCUAAGCUGAGAGCGUGAAGAGAAAAACCAGUAGAGAAAGAAGGCGGCAAGAAUCACUGAAUUUUCCCAUGUAACUAAGAUUGAUGAAGCUAUUUCCUGACCGUAUGUUUUGCUGGUCUUAGAUUUGACUGUUUCUCUCAAAAGUUUUAUGCAUACUGAUGCAUUAAUGUGCUAGGACUGGAUUUAGUUACUCUCCUUAGUAAACAUUGGACUUGUACGUCUGCCUGUAAGUUCAUGAUGUUGGAUGGUUGCACCAUGUAGGAUAGCGCGACUGUCUCAUCAAAAAUUUUCUCCAGUAAUGCAAGAAGCAAGAAAUUCAAUACA